GUCAUUAACAUUUUCCAUUCCCCAACUUCCAGAAUAUUUCCCCCAUGGUUUGUAGACCAGCUGAAGGAUCGUGUGGAAGCUGAGAGAGAAAUUAGAGGACAACUGCUGAAAGAGCCUGGCGUUUUACAGCUGCAGUGUCAACGUGGCUCUUGAGUCUUGCCUUGAAUGUCUACUUGGAGACUCUCCAAUGGCACGGUCAACCCUGCUCUCAGAUUCUCUACCAAUGAAUUCAGUCUCUACUGAUAUGGUUGACACCAUGUGGGUGACUAACCUGGUAGCCAUGGCCCUAUUGGCCACUGCAGCCUCCGCUGCCACCGCCGCCUCAACAGACAAGGUCUUGAGCAACCACGCCACCCUGCUGGCUGACAACAGCGCCAGCCUGGCCUUCAGUCUCUACCAGAACAUAGCCAAGGAAAAGGACCUGGAGAACAUCCUCAUCUCCCCGGUGGUGGUGGCCUCUUCCCUGGGCCUGGUGGCACUCGGGGGCAAGGCCUCCACUGCUUCCCAGGUCAAGACCGUGCUGAGCGCUAACAAAGUGAAGGACGAGCAGCUGCAUGCUGGCCUGGCCGAGCUCCUGGAGGAGGUCAGCGACUCCAAGGCCCGUAACGUCACCUGGAAGAUCAGCAACCGCCUAUACAGCCCCAGCUCGGUCAACUUUGCAGAUGCCUUUGUCAAGAGCAGCAAGAAGCACUACAAAUAUGAACACACAAAGAUAAACUUCAAGAACAAGAAGAGCGCUGUGAAGUCCAUCAACGAUUGGGCGGCCAAAUCCACCGAUGGCAAGCUGCCCGAGGUAACCAAGGAUGUGGAGAAGACCGAUGGGGCCAUGAUCAUCAAUGCCAUGUUCUUUAAACCCCAUUGGGAUGAACAGUUCCACCAUAAGAUGGUGGACAACCGUGGCUUCCUGGUGUCUCACACUCACACUGUUGGUGUACCCAUGAUGCACCGCACAGGUAUCUAUGGCUUCCACGAAGACACGGUGAAUAAGCUGUUCAUCCUGAGCAUGCCCCUGGCCCAUAAGAAGUCCAGCCUGGUGUUCUUCAUGCCCUACCACGUGGAGCCCCUGGAGAGGCUGGAGAAGCUGCUGACCCGCAAGCAGCUGGAAGACUGGAUGGGCAAGCUAAAGGAGAUGGCUGUUGCUGUGUCUCUUCCCAAAGUCUGCAUGGAAGUCAGCCACAACAUCCAGAAACACCUUGGGGAGCUGGGUCUGACUGAGGCUGUGGAUAAGACCAAGGCGGACCUGUCCAACAUCUCUGGGAAGAAGGACCUGUAUCUGUCCAAUGUAUUCCAUGCCUCUGCCAUGGAGUGGGACACCGAUGGGAACCCCAUAGACAUAAGCAUCUUCGGCACAGACAAGCUGAAGAACCCCAAGCUGUUCUACGCUGACCAUCCCUUCAUCUUCCUGGUGAAGGACACCAAGACCAACUCCAUCCUCUUCCUCGGCAGACUGGUGCGACCUAAGGGCAAGAAGAUGAGAGAUGAAUUAUAACACUUUGGAGUCUUAUGUGAAGUGUUUUUGUAUGUGUGCGUGUUAUGGUGUUUAUGUGUUUGUAUUUUUCUAUGCAAAGAGAGGAAAGGGAGAAAAUGAAUUGUACGUUUAAUACCUCAAGAGUACAUUCCCAUUUGAUCAUAAAUGUGCCAACAUUUGUUCCUGUUGUUCACUAUGCAUGAUUCAGAAUGAUAUGUUUGUGUUGUAAGAAACAAAGCAUUGUGUACUCUUAACUUCAACUGGACAUGGUAUUAUCAUCAAGCCUGUUUUCAAAACUGAAUAUCACCCCAUUUCACAAAAGAGAGUGAUAAUUGGGUUUGGUCACCCUCAUGUUUGAGUAUUUCAAUUAAGAUGAGAUCACAGGAUGGAUACUUACAUUAACUAUUGCUUAAAUGUAAAAUAAGCAUUCCUCUGUUUUCCUCUCCUGUCUCCAGUUGGGAUCCCAACUGAUUGCACACUCUUUCACUUCACUUUGGAUUAUAGGCUAUUUUUGUAUUGUGUGGGCUCUUCCAAUAUAUUUAAUGUUUAAAGUAAAAACACAUUUUUCACAAGCUUUUUCACAGGUUUACAACCUGGUGCUAGCCUUUUGUUCACUCCCCCAAAGAACAUUCAUCGAUGACCCAAGGGUCACGCCUCUGUCUGCUACUCUGCUUGGCUUUUUACUGAUCCACACAGAAGGCACUGCACAGCACUCUAUAGCUAACUUACUAGUGAAAGAAAAAAAGUAUCAGGGAUCAAGGUAAGACCCAGAUGCAGACUGUCGAAGUAACAAUGUUUAUUGUAGCAACAGGGGCAGGCGGACUCAGGGUCAGGGACAGGCAGAGUUCAGUAAUCCAGAGGUGGAGCAAAGGUACAGGACGGCAGGCAGGCUCAGGGUCGGGCAGAGAGGUCAGGUGGGCGGGUACAGGGUCAGGACAGGCAAAGGUCGAAAAUCAGGAGGACGAUUAAAAGAGAGGCUGGGAAACGAUAGGAGCUGACAGGAAAAAUGCUGGUAAGCUUGAAUGAACAAGACGAACUGGCAACAAACAGAAUGAGAAAACAGGUAUAAAUACACAGGGGAUAAUAGGGAAGAUGGGCGACACCUGGAGGGGGGUGGAGACAAGCACAAGGACAGGUGAAACAGAUCAGGGCGUGACAGAAAGGCCAUGUCUGUGGAAGGCUUUUGACUAAUCAGUCUUGUCUCCAACACUAUCACAUUUUGCCACAAAAAAAAUAUUUUUGGGAACAAUGGAAUGGUAUGAGAUAUUUACAAGUUUCCUCUUUUUCCCAUAAAAUGGUAAUACAAAGAAAGUUGUAAUGUGACUUUGUUUGAUAGUGGGCUGUGGGUGACUACUAGGAUGAAAUGAUAGCCAUAGGUAGUGUGGCUAGCAUUUGUGAUGUCAUGCAAAGUAGCCAAUAGGUUUUUCCAACUGGUUGGCUGUAAAGGAAUUCUAGCUAUGGGGCUUUAGAGUACACAAGGAAGGUCAGAUACACUAUAUAUAAAAAGUAUAUGGACAUCCCUUCAAAAUA